AUGGGAAACCAGGAGGCAAAACAGCGCAGAGCUAAUGGAAGUUGCCCUUCUUUGGACGAUGGAACCAAGGAUUUAUCAGGAGAGCGCAAAGGAGGAAAGAAGAACCAUGGUAAACAGGGAGGAGGGGGCCCACAUGGCACUGCCAACAAGAGGAAAAACAAAUCUGAGUCCAAGUCUGUGUUCUCCAUCCGUAAGAAGAGAGGCCAGCUCAAAGGCAAAGGCUGUUCGUCUGUGAAUGGCUCCAAGGAAGAUGUGUUGGCAACUCCACAGCACAGCCAGGACCCCACCAAGACCCCAGACCUGUCCGCUGAUGAGCUGGGGCAGUCUGACAAUGAGGGUCUUGCCCAAGAGACCCAUGGAAAGCCAAACCAGGAGGAGGCAGGUCACAAGGGGGGCAGCUCAGGCUCCGACACCGACAUCUACAGCUUUCACUCGGCCGCUGACCACCAGGACCUGCUCGCAGACAUCCAGCUCACCAUCCGCCUCCAGCACCAGCAGCAUGGGGGAGUCCGGAGCAGUGCUCACACCCCCACUGACCCAGACACUGAGCGAGGCAUAGGAGUGGGCAUCGGAGGGCAGAGCAAUGGAGGUGUCUACCUCACACCUCCUGAAGCUGUGGACUUGACCCCAGAGCUGGAAUUGGGCUCUGAUGCACUGUCCUUUCUGGACACUGGGGUGGGACACCCCCCUGAGGAGACUGUAGAGACCCUGCUGCCCUGUCAGGAGAAACUCUCCCCCAUUUUACACCCGGACUUGGCACGGACUGAGGACGAGUGUGCGGACACAGAAGCCCCUGUUUGUGCUGCACCCGAUCUGUCCCUUCACACCACUGUUACCAUGACAACAUGUGGAGGGUCCAUAGGCAGCCCUGUCACUAUGACAACCGCUGGCUUCACGUUUGUCAGUGCUGAUGAAGCAGCUCCGGAGGAACACGUGGGGCAACUUGAAGAGUGGGGUGCUCCUGUGGUAACGAUGUGUAUCAGUCAGGACGGUCCCCUGGAAGAACUCAGCUCAGGGGCUAAAGGUCAUGUGGGGUCAGGGAUGAGCGCUGAGUCUUUGGACGACAGUGUUACUACAGAAUCUGAACACAACCUCUCUGUGACCGACCACACAGCCACCUCCACUCCACAGCACCGCAGGAGCCCUGUGACCCCACACGAGAGCCCCUCUUUGGCCAAGAGAGGCCUCAGGCCCAGCCAACCCCCCAGUCCUGUAGUGAAACCCUAUCCAGCCAUCAUCCCUUCAUACAUCAAGACCACCACAAGACAGCUCAGCUCCCCAGGACACUCCCCCUGUCACAGCCCACUGUCCCCCCGACGAGACACCCAUAUGCUGCACAGGACACUAGUAGAAAGCCGCAGACUGCACAGACACCGCUCUCGCAGCAGUGGGAGGCCCCUGAGCCGGUCUGCAGACUGGACAGAGGAGCUGAGGGUGUCCCGUGAGCACGAUGAAGUCUCUGGAGUUUCCAGAGACUUUCUUGAGGCCCACAGGGGUGGCAGCCAGCCUCUCUGCCCCACGCGGAGGUCCUCCUGUCAGAGCAGCAUCUGCAUGUACCCAGAUGUUUUCACAGGGAGGACUCUCUUGGAGAAGCUCUUCCAUCAGCAGCAGCAGGAGCAGCCCGAGGAGGCUGAGCAGCUCUGCUCCAAAAUCCUGGCCAUGGGACUGCUGCAGCCCUUCACUGACUGCUUCAGAGAACCUCUGGGGGACAGCAUGGGCCAGCUGCCCACAGCAGCCAAGUUCCACCAUGACCAGCUGUACACUUGGGCAGCAGUGAGCCAGCCUCCACUCUCUCUGGAGGCUCUGGAGAUGAAGGGCCAUCUCCGAGCAGCAUUCAGCCCAGUGCGACCAGGGGACAGCAGGAGGCCGAGCACCGCCACAGAGGCUGGUAUGAGCUCUUCAAUACCGUAUAUUACACAGCAGCCAUACGAUGAUGUUUCCAAAGAUGUUAUGGUUAAGGUUGAGGAGGAACAUGCCCUGAAGGCAGCAAACCUGAAAGAGAAACAUGUGAAUGUGAUUCAACAACUGGAGCAAACCAUAGAGGACCUCCGCACUAAGAUUGCUGAGCUGGAGCGACAGCCCCCCCUGCUGGACACUAAAGUUAUCACUGUGGAGCGGGAGUGUGGGGGGUGUGAGCCAGCCCUCAUGCCUCUGUGUGAUGCCCACCUACAAACCAGCCCGUGCUGCCUUCAGGUGAAAUCAGUGCAGACAUCUCCAAUAGAUGAGAAAUUCAGCUUCAAAGUACCUUCCUGUAACACAACUGCAGUCAGUGGUCUCCUACAGCAACCUGCCGGGACAGGUGCACCCGUCUGCUCCUGUCAGAUGCAGCCGCCUCCUCCGCUAGGACUUUCAGAUGCCGCUUCCACUCCACCAACCACACUCUCUGGUCUCGCUCCUCCUCCUCCUCCACCCCUACCGCCCCCACUCCCUGGGACUGCUCCUCUACCCCCUCCACCUCCUCCACUACCUGGAGCUGCUGUGCCUCCCCCUCCUCCCCCUCUACCUGGGGCUCCUCCCCCUCCUCCUCCACUUCCAGGGGCAGCUCCUCCUCCCCCUCCACCUCCACUUCCAGGUGCUGCUCCUCCACCGCCUCCUCCACCUCUACCUGGUACUGCUCCUCCUCCUCCCCCUCCUCCCCCUCUCCCUGGGGCUGCUCCUCCGCCUCCUCCCCCUCUCCCGGGUGGCGUUCUUCCAGGUGCAGUGUGCAUACCCCCUCCUCUCCCCCCAGUUUUCGGCUCUCUUCCUCCUCCUCUGCCUUUGGGACUAUACUCUUUGGGUCUGACCCAAGAAAAGCCUCCUCGAAAAGCAGUAGUGGAGCCCCCCAAACCAAUGAAGCCCUUAUACUGGACCAGGAUUCAGCUGCACACCAAAAAGGAAGUCUCCACGUCAUCAGUGUGGGAAACCAUCGAAGAGCCUGAAGUCGACUUUGAGGAAUUUGUGGAAUUGUUCUCCAAGACUGCGGUGAAGGUGAAGAAACAGCCUCUCUCUGAUACCAUCACCAAGUCCAAGGCUAAGCAGGUUGUAAAACUUCUUAACAACAAGCGCUCUCAGGCAGUAGGAAUCUUCAUGUCGUCACUGCACCUGGAUAUGAAGGACAUUCAGCACGCCGUGCUCAACCUGGACUACACUGUGGUUGACUUGGAGACACUGCAGGCUCUCUAUGAGAAUAGGGCACAGCAAGAAGAGCUGGACAAGAUUCAAAAACAUGUGAAGACUGCCAAAGACAAGGACAGCACCAAGCCCCUGGAUAAACCUGAGCAGUUUUUGUUUGAGCUCUCCCUUAUACCAAACUUCUCCGGGCGAGUCUUCUGUAUCCUGUUUCAGAGCAGUUUCAAUGAAUGCAUGAGUUCAAUAAUGAGGAAGCUGGAGGUACUGCAGAGAAUGUGCACGGCUCUGAAGGACAGCGAGACCGUAAAGCAGGUCUUGGGGCUAGUUUUGGUUUUUGGGAACUUUAUGAAUGGUGGAAAUCGAACUCGAGGCCAGGCGGAUGGUUUCACACUUGAUAUUCUUCCCAAACUAAAAGAUGUUAAGAGCAGUGAUGGGAGCAAGAGCCUGUUGUCCUACAUCGUAAGAUACUUCCUCCAACACUUCACUGAGGACGCUGGCCGAGAAACCUGUCUCUUUCCUCUCCCAGAGCCUCAUGAGCUCUUCCAGGCUUCACAGAUGAAGUUUGAAGAUUUUCAAAAAGACCUGCUGCGACUUCGCAAGGAUCUGAGAGCGUGCACAACAGAGGUGGAAAAGGUUUGCAGCGUGUCUGAAGAGGAGCAUCUACAGCCAUUCAAAGAUAAGAUGGAGGAGUUCCUUUCGCAGGCUAAAAAUGAAUUGGAAACCCUUGACUCUCAGCUCAGCAGCACACACACUCUCUUCCUGGAGCUCACUGUCUUCUUCUCGGUGAAGGCCAAAGCUGGAGAGAAGGAGGUGUCCCUGCAGACCUUCUUCAGCGUGUGGCAUGAGUUCUCCUCUGACCUCAAAGACCAGUGGAAGAGGGAGAACAGAGCCAUCCUAAAAGAGAGGCUCAAGGCAGCAGAGGAGAGUUUUCGACAAGUUAAAGAGAAGGCAUCGUACAGCGUCAAACCCAAGCAGUCAUCUGGCAUUAAAGCUAAACUGGGAAUGAAAAUCUGA